AUGGAAAGCGUCUCGCCUCUUUCGCCCGCCAGCCCCCCGCCUCGGGUGCGCGACAGCUCCGAGGAAACGAGCCCGGCGCCCGAGCGUUGCGCUGCUGACCAUUCAGAUUCAUGCUCAUCCUCGUGUUCUUUUUCACCUGUUUCGUCUUCUUGUGUCACUUCGUCUCCGCUCGGUGCGUCUGCUUCGCCUUCGGCUUUUGACCGCCCUUUCUCGCCUCCGCUGCCGCGGCCUCCGGCGGUGCUGCGGGCUCCACUGCCUCGCACGUCGUCGCCACCGUCGGGCUCGCCCCUGGUCGCGCCUCUCUUUGCUUUCCAUCCUCACCCGAACCCGCCUUCGCCCUUCUCUGCCUGUUCACCUCCCCGUCAACCGUCUUCUCUUCCGGUCCCUGCUGUUUCUUCCUCGCCUCCUUCGUCUCCGCUUGCGCAAACCUGGGCGCCUUCUGCCUCCCCUCCGCCUCAGCCGCUGUCUCCUUCUCUCUCGCCCUUUUCUCCAGGCUUUUCUUCUCACCCAGAUGGUGCUCCGAGCGCACCUCCUCCACCUCCGCCUCCCCUGCCGGAAUUCGAAGAUGUGAAACCCUCUCCCGCGGCUCCGCCAUCUGACGCCGGUGCGCCGACUGCGCUGAAGGAGAAGUCGUCUCCCCCCCUCUCGCCUCCGGAGAACCCGUCUGCCUCUCUCUCUUCCUCUCCUCACUUCGCCUCCUCCCUCGUCUCCUCGGCGGCUCUAGUGCCCGCUGAAAGCCCCGAGCCGCCGUCAGGUGCCUCUUCGCUGCCUGCAUCCGCUGCCGAGAACGCGUCUCAGUCUUCCUGCGUCGCAUCGGCUGCGCAGAGUGCUUCGGCGCCACCGUUUCCCUCUCCGUUUCUGUCGUCUGAAAGUCGCUCUUCUCCCCCACCCGCCGCACCGCCGUCGGCCGCUGUGCCUGCUUCUGGCGCGGAGCCUUCUGCGGACUCGGCAGCUUAUCCGCCGACCGCCGCGAGGCCCUCUCGCCCUGCCUCGACUUCUUCCGUGUCAACGAAGUCGCCCCUCCGUCCCUUCUACCCGCCUUGGUCGGCAAUUCUGUCCUCCUCUCGCCCACUUUCGCCUGCCUUUGGGACCGGCACCGGCGCGCACGCCCCCCUCGCCACCCUCCACGGCGGCGCUUCUCCGCGGCCGUCCCCGUCUCCCGGGUCGCAGGGGCAUCCGGGGGUCGGCUCUUCUGAGCUUCCCUCGCCUUCUUCCUCUGCCGGUGCUUCGUGCCUGGCGCAGCAGUCGCCAGCGUUGCCUGCUGCCUUUUCCCCCGCCUCCGCGUUGCCGCCUUUGGGCUCUGUCUCUCUCGUGGCGCCUGAGCCUUCAGCGGGCGCGGCACAAGCCUCUUUGUCGGCGUCUUCGUCGCAGGGUGCUUCUUCUCCUUCGCCUGCUUUUAGCCGCCCCAGUUCGCCGGAGCCUGCGCCGCCAGAGCAGGACGGUCUGAAGCAGCUUUCUGGAGAUAGAUGUGCAGGCGACGUGAAGGCUACCAUUCCGGAGACAUAUCAAGAAACGCCAGACGAGGCGAGAGGAGAACACCCUGAAAAGGCAGGAGCAGAAGGAGAGACAGCGCCGCACAAAGUGCGGGCGGAAACAGAGACGGAUGCGACGCAUGAGAGAGCAGAGAACGCAGAAAGGAGAGACGAAGGAAUUCCGGAAGAGGAGGCGGAUUCGCGGCAAGACGGAGACGAUCUUCUGCAAAACAGAGAUUGCAAUCUACGAAGAAGGGCCCAAGGGCCGUCGCUGCAGGGCGAAGCGGAGGAAUCGCCGCCCGCGGAGGAAGCGACGUGCGGACAGAGAGAAGCGACAGAGCAGAGAAAUGUGCGGGCGGAGGAGGGGAGCCGACAGGGAGAUGCAUCCACCACGGACUCAACAGCGGCGAAGGGAGCGAAAGCCGACAUGGGGGACGCACGCAGUCUGACCUGCACAUCCAUUCCAAGCUUCCAGGCACCGGUUAGAGAGAGUAAAGAAGGAAUCGAAAACGAGCCUCACGAACAUAGCUCUCAGACACCAGACAGCCAAGAAGAUGACGCUAGCAUGCGACAGGAGGACGACCGUCGCGACGCCUGCAGCGACAACGGCGAAGCACAAAACGAGGCAAGGGGCGACGGCGGAGGCGCGGAGGCGAAAUCGGCAGCUGGAGGAGCGAGCGACGAUGCCUGCAGAAGAAGAGGCGGCGACGCAGAGCUCGACGUAGGUCCCGUCAAAGUCGGUCAGCUGAGAGCGGCAAGCGAGGACGGCGAUCAACGUGGGGGCGGCAAGAAAGAGACUACGAAUCAAGCGAAGGGAGAUUUAGAGGGCUGUCCCGGCUCGAGCAGAUCGCACAAGGAAGGCGGCUCAACUCCAGACGAGCCUGAGGCCAGUCUACAGGAGUCAGGAAACGGAGAGGAAGAGAAAGCCGAAAAGUGCCAAGAAGGGAGAGACCAAUCAGAGGAGACGGAUGAGCAGUUUCCGUCCUCUUCUCAAGAGGCAUUUGUUCGACCGAAAAAGCCCCUCGCGGGAGCACCUCACCGCCACAAGGAGAGAGAGAAGCCAGAAGACAUCACACCUGACCAGAGAGACCAGGGCGCUUCGGCAGAGGAGGCUGAGGGAACCCAAGAUGCAGACAAAACUAGAACGCAUCCGGAGGCGCGCCCGGCGGAGCGAGGAUUCACAGACAACAGCAGUGUCGAUGUCGCUCCGCUUCCGCCGACCCUGUCUCCCUCUCACCCGAUUCUGUGCGCCUGCGCCAGCACGCCUCGGCCGCGCUCAUCGUUUUCGUCCCUACGCCUCCCUCUUUCUCGUUCUUCGCGUUCGUCGCGGCCCCUCGCCGUACCUCCGUCGUCUGCGCUCGCCCCUCCCGCACCCGCUUGCGUUUUGGCCGCCCCAGUGACAUGUCCAGCGGUGCUGGCGGCGAGCGCAGCUGUCGCCGAGCAGGAACGGAUCGCUGAGAAGCAGAGACAAGAGAAGAUAAAGGAGCAGCUGGCGCAGAAGGCGCGCGAAGCCGCGCAAAAGGAGGCUGCGCGGCUCCUCCGAAUCGCCGCGGAGCGCUGCGCGGGUUCCGAGUCCGUCCCCCUCCCGGGGACCCCCGCCGCCGAGGCCGCCGCGACCGCGCGGAGACUCCUGACGGCGAGUCGGAGACAGGGCCUUGGAGCCCAAGGCGACGGAGAGGGGCCGACCGGCGAGGCCGCCGGAGCAGCCAAUGGAAGCCGCGCCCAAGAGAAGCGAUUCGGUGAGGCGAGUGGUCACGGGAUUUCGAGUGCGUCCUCGGAGGCCACUCCCGACACAGGUCACGUUGGCGCUCGCCCACCCGCUGCGUCGGCUGCAGCUUGCGCGCGAGAGGCGCGAGAGGACGCAUCGGCGCGCGCUGAAAGGGGCAAGCGGGGCCGCGCGAAGACGCUGCCGUUCGCGCCGCACGGAGACCUGGAAGGCGGAUUGUCGCUGCGGAGGUGCAGGGAGAGAAUUGAGGAACUCGCGCGACAAAUCGCGAAUCUCGAAUAUGAGCGAGACUGCGUGCGAAGCAUCAAGGAGAUCUACGCUGAGGCGCACCAGAUUCAGAUUCGCCAGCUCCAGGAGAUGCGCAGACAGCGCGCGAAGACGCAGGAGCUGCUUCACGAACUCCUUCGGCGCAGAUCCGGCUUCAGUGAGCCUAUCAAGGACUACGAGUUGAUCUAUCAGGGACGCAUCAGUCGCGGCGCUGCGGAGGAAGGACGAAAGAAACGGGCGCUUCUCUCCUCCGGAUCCUCGGCUUCUCACACCAGAAAAGCUAGUCUGUCGCAGCUGGCUGGAGCCCUCGAAAGCUCGCCGGUGGCUUGCUUGCCUGCGGCCUCUUCUUCUGCAUCUUCGGUCUCUUCGCCUUCUUCGCAGCUCGUCCCCCCCGUCGCGCUCUCUCUCCCUGCCGGGUCGGCUUUGCGUCUCUGUAGGCACUCAGUCAGCUGCAGCAGCUUCCGCACCCAUCUGCCCCGUUUAGGGCAGUCUGUCUGUGUCUCGGCGGGAGCGGCUGACACAGCGGCGAGCCAAGCGCCGCAUCUCGCGCACGCACGCGGAGCUGCAGCCCACGACGGUCGGUCGCUCGGAGACGGCGAGAGGCGCGCCGCACCUGAGGCGCGCGGGUUCCUCUCCUCGAAGUCCGCGGAGUUUCACGCCGACGGAAAGCUCCAGCGGCUAGGCGACUUGCUUGGCCUCGAGGGGGGGGGGGUCGCGCCAGCGGGUCACAGCGACGCGAGCGAGGAAGCCACACGCGACAGCGGCCUCGAGCGAAACGAAAGCCACGGAGACCACGGAGACAGCGAGAAAAAGCGCUUGCCUGGACGCGCUUGGCCCUUCCGCGCGCACGCCUUCCACUCGUCUUCUUCAACGCUCUCGUCCUCCUCGAAGGAGCCUGGAGACGACGACAGGCGCCAGACGAACGGCCGAGCGCGCGAGGGGAGCGCAGGCCAGGAAGAAGGCGACGACGAAGAAGAGACGCUGGCGCUAAAUAUCCUCGCUGUCGCACUAACGCCAGAGACGCGACAAAAGCAAAUCGAGCACCUGGCGGCCAUAAAAAUUCAGUCUGUGUUUCGGGGGUACUUCUGGCGAACCUUCAUGCGGCGAAUGAAGCUCGUCGCAGUCACUGCUGGGCGAACCGAGAAGCGCAUGAACGACGCGGCGACAGUCCUGCAGAGAAAAAUUCGAGGCAUGUUCGCCAGAAGAGUCUUUUUCGCGGAGGUCUUCAAAGGCAUGUUGCCUCACGAGGGCCGAGGAGGCCUCUGCCCCUACCGCAACGCCGUUGCCGAUUUCUACGAGGCGAAGCGCCAGCAGCGGCGUCACUCGUGGAUGCGGGCGCACCGCCGACGAAAGGCUGAAGAGGCACUUGAGAGGCAGCGCGAAGCGUUCUUCGCAGCUUCGCCCGCUUCGGCUCCACGUCAGAAGCCGCAACCCCCUCUCUCUGCGUCGUCGCCACCUUCAGGCGCGGCUGCGUCGUCUGCAGGGCUCCGCACGCGACCUGCUUCGUCGUUUGUUCCUUCGUCCUCCACUCAAGCGCCUCGGCGUGCGUCGUCGCCGAUUUCUCUCGCAGAAUCUCUUCCUCGGUCUCGCCGCGCGGCGCCCGAGCGUCAGCAGAGCGACCGCAGCCCGUCGCCCUACUGGCUCGAGGCGGAUGAGGAGGGCGACGCCCCAGACGCGCCGACGGAGAAGCGGACGCGGAGCGAGGACGUGAAAAGACUGCAGAAGACGCCGGAGCCUCUCGACGCCACGGCGCUACUCGACCGCGAACGGUCCAACUCGGUGCUCACGAUUCGAAAGUGUCGGCAGCUCUUUGGGUCUUCCCUUCCUCUGGAUCAAGGCGGACGAGUACCGCAGCACCGCUUCAUGGCCAAACCGUUGCCUUCCGCGUCCUCGCCUUCGGCUGAGGACUCGCACGGCGGCGAUGACGAUACUGCCGAAGAGACCGACAAGCGCGGCGGAGCUCCUGAGCGAAGGCUUGACUCGCUCGUGUCCCGGGAUGCCACUAUGAGGUCGCCCCCAACAGAGGACGAGGACUACGCAGCGUGGCUCUGCACACAGCGCGACAGAAAAAAGGCGAGGAAGAAAAAGGAGACCUCGCACGACGUGUGUGAUCUCGCCUCCGCAGAGACGCACUCGCAGCCGCCUGGAGCAUCCCGCCCCAUCGCGAAGCAGCAGUGCGAAGGCCGCGAAGCUCGCCGCUCUUCCUCCUCCGCAGCUCCCGAUUCUCGCGCCAUCUCUCCUGUCUUUGCGGCGACCCCUGGACGCGCGCCCUCUGGCUCUCCGUCGGCGUCGCCGUCUCGACGGCAGCCGCGGCUGCCGCGCGGCAAGAACUUUGCGCUUGCGAAAACGCGUUUCCCUUCUGCCUGCGCUGCGGCGCUCACUCCGUCUGACGCUGCGGGCGCGUCGGCGCCGCCUCGCAAGCGCUGUGUGUCGCUUGACCGCCCGCCGGAAACCGAGGCGGAGAAGCACCUCCAGGCGCUGGUGUGGCUUCUGAAGAGCGUGAUGCUCGAGGCUGAGAGGGAGGCAGCGCGGCGCGACCGCGAAGACCGCGAGGCGCACGCCGCAGCCGGCGUCGCUGUGGAGCGGGAAAAAAAUCAGAAGAAUCCGGAAGAAGACUCAGACGCUUCGCCGAUCUCCGCGCCGGUGUCCGCGGCUCCGCGCGCCUUGGCACUCGCGCCGGAAACAAGCCGCGAAGGAAGCGAAGGGCACGCAGCCCGCGAACAGCAAGCCGUAGACGCGGGGGGGCAGGAGGGGAAAGAGGACUCGAGCGACCGUGGGAAAAACAGGCGGGUGUUUUUGGUCUGUCCGCUGUCUCCCGAGAGGCCCGCGGCGGAAGAGGGCUGCCGACCUCCCAGGCGAGAGCGAAGCGGGACAGAGGCGCCCGCGGGAGAGGCAGACCAGCCAGACCGCGAGGGCGCGGCAGGCGACACGCAGGAGGCGCGCCGAGCGGCGCUGCGAGAAAAGCGCUCCCAGGAGCUGCAGGCCUUCUGCACGAUGCGCGGGCUCGCGGCCUGCAGCCAUGAACACCAUCAUCCCUGCAUUCCGUUUCUCGAGUCCUUCGCCACGCUCUGCAACGGGGCAGUGAAGCUGCAGCGGUGGCUGCGAAGCGUGUUUCAUCGACGCCGCUGUCGGGCUCAACUUGCCGAGAUGUGGCGCCGACGGCAGUUCGAGAAGCUCCUCGAGGCGACGAAGCGAGUGCUGCUGCAGUGGAUGCAGUACCCCAUGCUGACCUCUCAAGAUGAAGCAGCCAUGCGCACCAACAAGCGCCGAGCCGAGCGCCUGAAGGAGCUCUCUGACAAGCAGUCCCGCGCGGCGCUCAACCCUGGCAAAGGCGGGCCGCCGGCGAAGCCGCUGAAGCUCCCGCGAGUCGAGACGCGCCGCCUUCUCAUUCGGCUGCCCUUCACGUUUCGCGCGCACUCCUUCAGCACGCGUUCCGAAGUGGAGAAGCACCAGAGGCAACUGCACAACAGCCUCAAGCACCUCGCAGUUCUCCGCAAACAACAGCAGCAAAAGAGCCAGUGGAAGACGCUCUGGACCAAAUGGCGCUACGAGCACGACUGCCAAGCGCUGUCGCCUCGAGAGCCGAGCCGCGAGGUCGCCGACCCUGCGUCUCCCGCGCCCGGCGCAGAGGCAGAAAGGCGAAGCAAAGACGCAGACUGCGCGGGAGCCUCGGGGCUCGCGUUUUCUUCGUCGUUUCUGCCUGGCGCCGCGUCUUACACGGCGGCCUUCUCGCCAGGCCUCUGCCUUCCGCUCCUGUCUCCAGCCGCUUCGCCCCGCAGUCGCGCUUUGCCUGCCUCGCCCUUCCUGCCGAGCGACGCGCGCGCCAGCGAGCGCCCGCCAGCUGCCAAGGCUCUCCGCUUCUUCUUCGGCCUCCAGCUGGCGCCAGCCGAGCAGGAGACUGGAGGCGAAGGCCCGCGGGAGCAAGGCAGCUCCAGCCAGGCUUCGUCGCCGCGCCCCGCGGACCGCGACGCCGCCCCCAGCUUGCCGCCGGGCGGGGGUCGCUCCCGCGCAGAGGGGCGGGCGGACGAAUUCUACAGCCGCCGGAGCAUCAGCGCCUCUAGCUCCAGAAAACAAAUUCGCGAACACUGGCUAGGGCUCGGCGGCGAAGACAUCUCCGCCAAAGUCGACGAAGUUGAGUUCUUCCGCCACGUGUUGCCGCUGCGGCGUCAUCGCGCAGCUCCGCCGGCCUCCUACUCGCCGUGGCUUCACCUCACGCUGGGUCUGAAGCAUCCGAACUUCCACCGCUACGGACCCCCGCCGCCCAUCCACAUUCCGGGCUUCGCCCCUCCUGCAGUGCGCGCGGCGCUGCUCAACGAAGCGAGGCUCGUAAACUCCGGCGCUACGCAGGUCGCGGAUCCAAGUGCAGGCAAGGGCUUGUCAGCAUCGUCAGCUGCGGCGCCGCCUCCUGUCCCUCCGGCAGACACGUUGGGGGCCUCGCCUCCCGUGCAGCCGGCGAAGCACCCCGUUGAAGCAUCCUCGCCCUCGCGAGAGACCUGUCCCCCGCCAUACAGCCUGCAGGAGCGCCCGCCGCCGACCGCCCUCCGACACGCUCCAGGCGUUCUCCAGCCCCUCGCCAGGCUGCUCCCCAGCGGCGGAAAAAUGACCCCCCGAGAAGGAAAAACUGCGCGGCUGCUCCAUCUGGGGGACUCGAGGGAGUUCCGCCAAGUGCUGAAGCAGCUUACGAAGAAACCGGCUUCCUCAGGCUCGCUGUCUUCUCCGAGCUCGUCGGCGUCCGCGCUUAAGCAGGAGCUGGCUCCCCCGUCUCGCCCGAGCAACCUCUCCCCUGCUUCUGCGUCGGCGAAUAUUCGGCAAGCCGGCGCGUGCGAGUGCCGGCCUCGAAAGGGAAGCGAGGAGGAGCAAGAGAAACAAGACAGGCGAAAACGCGGUAGCAAAAAUAGCGUACGCCACGAGGACACCUCCAGGCAGUUGAGCGGCGGAGAGCCGGGGCGGGCAGGCGCCGCAGAGAAGAGCCGCGCCUCCCUCUCCGAUGGACCUUUCCAGCCGCCGGCGGGCGCCGCCUCUGCGGGUUCUUCGUCUGUCUCGCGUCCCUCUGCGCCGUCCCACCCGCCGCUUCCGUCGCUUGCGUCUCUGCUCCCUCCGCUGAAGAAGCCCGCUGUCCCCACUCGCGAGGCGGCGAUCGGGCGCACACCACAGUCUCUCUCGCCCUCUUCGUCGAGGGCCUCGUUGCCUUCGGCGCUCGCCGAGAGCGGGAAUACGGCGGGCUCCUACCGGUCGGAUGGCGGGACGGGAGGGGCGACAGCGGACUCAGGCCGCCCGCAGGCAGGGCUGCAGUCCAGCACCGAAGAAGACCGACUUCCGACUCUUUGGGAGCGCGGCUCUUGUGCGAGGUCCAGUGGUCAGGAUAGCCCUGAGUCCUCUCCGCACACCCGCCAGUCGCUGCCGUCCUCAUCGCCUUGCUCCUUCUUGCCCUCGCCGCUCGACUCCGCUUCUGGAUCGCCGCGGGGCUCCCGAGAGGUUUGGUCAGCAUCGCGGCCUGCUCCACGUCUCUCUUCAGCGACGCUGAGCAAACCUGCUUCCUUCUCCAACGCCCCCCCGUCAGCGCCUGCGCCGUCUCCGCCGCCCGCUGCAUCGCCCGCAGGGGCUGGCUCGAGUGCAACGGCUCCCAAGGCCUCGCUCGCCCGCCGCGUCACGGUAAGCGGGCGCGGCGGCAAUCCCGCGACACGCGCGCAUCCCUCAGAGAGGCUCAAGCGAACGCCGCGCGGCUCGCGGGCGCUGUCGCUCGCCUCGUCGCGCGAGAAGCGCGAGCGACUCAGCAGCCUGAAGGACUCCCGCUCCGAGGGCAGGGCCUCGCGGUCGCGGAGCGAGACAGUCGGCCUGCAGGGCGCGCGAGACGCCGGCGAGAGGCCAAGCGUGGCCCGCGGGACGCGUGCGGGCUCCAGCGCCCUGCGGCUCUUCACGAAGCCUCUCCUCGCCGCGGCGCAGCCCGACAGUCCGCGGAACGAGCCCGCCAUGCAUGCGAAGCCGCGGCAGACGCAGGGGGCCUCGGGCGAGCCCCGCGGGAGCGGCGGUGGACCUUCCGCGGCGUCUGGCGAGGCGAGACGCCCCUCGGAGCCGGCUUGUCGCUCUGUCGGCGCCGCAGCUGGCGAUGACUGGAGAGCGAGUCACCGCGUGUCGGUCGUCGGGCGCCACGGCUCGAUUUUGGCUGGGCCUGGCGCGGCGACCUCGCUCGCGCGGUCUGAGCAGUUCCUCCAGAAGCUCUUUGCCGCGGACUCCUGCCACGCGCAGCGCCUGCGGCAGCGCGGAAGCAAGCUGCUGCAGAUGUCUGCUCUGCCGCGCGAGUGUGUGCUGUGCGGCGCGGGUCACUGCGAAGAGCACUGCCCACUGGGGGCGAUGUUCCUUGCGGCGGGGCGGGGCGACGCCGCCGAGAGCGAGGGCGAGGACGAGGAGACCGACGGGAGCCGCUGCGAAGAGCAGCGCGCCGCGACCCGAAAGUCCACCAAGAUGCUGCAGCAAGUCGACGCGUGGAACCUCAUCGGCACUGACCCUUUCGGAGGCUCCAGCGUUGCUCACGCGGCGCACCACGCGGCGGAUCUCCUCGACUUGGAUGAGAGCGACCUCUCGUUUCGCCUGCCUUCUUCUCCGUCCUCCGCGCGUCUGUCGUCUUCUUCUCUCUUCGGCAGCGGCUUGAUCUCUCCCUCGUCUUCGCUGCCGACCCUGCCUCCGCAGGAGAGGAACCCUUUCCUCCCUGGGUCGCGUCCCUCGCUCGCACUCCGCAGGCCGGAAGGCAAGUCUCCCCGCGAGGCAGGGGAGGCCUCUCCGCCCUCCUUCACGAAGCGUCGAGGGGGCGAGAGAGCCUCGGAGGCUGCACGUGGCAGCCUGGGCGGGCGCCACGCCGGCCGGGAAGAAGCAAAUGUGGAAGCAGAGAGCGACCGAACCUCGGAGGAAAGCGAGGGCGACAACUGCCGCCUCCAGGAUCUGGCGAGAGGGCCCCACUGCUCGUUCGGACGCGGGGCUUCGCAGGAAGGGCGCGCGGCGGGCUGCGCGGAUCGAAGAGCCGAGAACUGCGAAGAAGCGACCAACAUGUACUGCCGCAUGUCGCGCAUUUUAGCGGCGAUGGAGGCAAACGCCAACUCGGGACGCGAAGCCGAAGGAGGCCGGCAGGGCGGCCUCAGAGCGUACCGCGACGACGACUCCGAAGAUCCUGAGGAAGAAGAGAUCGAAGCACGCUGUCUCAGUGCGCUGCUGACCGCGUUUGUCACGUUUUCUGUGGAGAUAAAUUCUUGA